AAAAAAAAAAAAAAAGAAAGAAGAAAAAGCUGAAGCUUUUUUUUGGGCUUGAGAGAGGUGGGAUUUUCAGGCUAUGGAACUCCGUGCUAAGGAAAAUGAAGCACAUGUAAUAAUUUGACGCCAAUCUCACUCUUUUGUGAGUUGUGCAUGUGCCUCUCUCUCUCUCUCUCUCUCUCUCUCUCUCUCUAUCUCUAUCUGUGAAACCGAAGCGUGAAACGUGAGCAUAUAGUGUGAGAGUGGCACUUGUUCUUCGCUCACGCUCACAAAAUUCAGUUGCAGAAAAAGUUUCACAUAAAAGUCCAAGAUCUUCUUCUUAUUCUUCUUCUUGGGUUUUUCUCAAAAUCGAAUCGUCGCCUAUUGUCAAACAGUACGCGAUCCAAAUGAGCGCCGAAAACAAAGCUUCACUCAUCGCCUUCGAUCACAAGAGGGAUGCCUAUGGAUUUGCUGUGCGACCUCAGCACCUUCAAAGAUACCGAGAGUAUGCUAACAUCUACAAGGAAGAAGAGGAGGAAAGAUCAGAUAGGUGGAAGUCUUUCCUGGAACGGCAAGCGGAGUCUGCUCAGUUGCCUGUCAAUGGGUUGUCUGGGGAAGAGGAUAACAAGUCCUUGCAUGAUGAAGCUUCAGAACAAGAAGUAGAUGCUAGUUCACAGAAGGGUGUUGAAGGUGAUGAUAAUAGUGAGCAGAAGCCUUCUUUCAAUAGGUCGGCUGAGGAUGCUUCAGAAAAGGAGAAGGAACCAGCUACCAAGGAGACCAAAAUUCACAGGAUCCAGAUAUGGUCUGAGAUCCGACCAUCCCUUCUUGCCAUUGAGAAUAUGAUGAGCAUUCGUGUGAAGAAGAAGAGUAAUAAUUUAUCAAAAGGUGAGCAAGGCAUGGGAACUGGGAAAGUGCUUCAUGCUAUUGAAGAGUUAAAAUCUCCUAAAGGAGCAUCUGAGGAGGAAUCUGAGGACGAGUUCUAUGACGUGGAGAGGUCAGAUUUAAGUCAAGAUGUCCCUUCAAGUGAAAAUAUUAGUUCCUCUACUCCAGGUGUUGCUUCUGAUGCGGUAGCUAUGGAAUCUAUGUUUCCUUGGAAGGAAGAGUUGGAGGUCCUGGUUCGUGGAGGAGUACCAAUGGCUCUCAGGGGAGAGCUUUGGCAAGCCUUUGUGGGCGUGAAGGAGCGGCGCGUGGAGAAAUAUUACCAGGAUCUGCUGACUUCGGAAAAUAAUUCUAGCAAUCAGAUGGAACGAAAAAGCUCGGCCAUGGACAGCAAUACUAAAGGAUCAACUGCAGAUGCUGUAUAUGUACCUGAGAAAUGGAAAGGGCAGAUUGAAAAGGAUUUACCUCGAACAUUCCCAGGCCAUCCUGCUCUAGAUGAGGAUGGUAGAAAUGCUUUAAGGCGUUUGCUUACAGCAUAUGCACGACAUAAUCCUUCAGUAGGAUAUUGUCAGGCCAUGAACUUCUUUGCUGGCUUGCUGCUGCUACUUAUGCCUGAAGAGAAUGCUUUUUGGGCCUUGUUGGGCAUUAUCGACGACUAUUUUGAUGGCUAUUAUUCUGAGGAAAUGAUUGAAUCACAGGUAGAUCAACUUGUUUUUGAGGAGUUGGUGCGUGAGAGAUUUCCUAAAUUGGUCAAUCAUCUAGACUACCUAGGAGUGCAGGUGGCAUGGGUUACUGGACCGUGGUUCCUUUCCAUUUUCAUGAACAUGCUUCCAUGGGAAAGUGUUCUUCGAGUCUGGGAUGUGCUACUUUUUGAAGGAAACCGUGUCAUGCUGUUCAAAACAGCACUUGCUUUGAUGGAAUUAUAUGGCCCUGCAUUGGUUACGACGAAGGAUGCUGGAGAUGCAGUCACUUUGCUGCAAUCACUGACAGGCUCAACAUUUGACAGCAGUCAACUGGUAUUGACAGCUUGCAUGGGUUACCAAAAUGUAAAUGAAACCAGGUUACAAGAGUUGAGAAAUAAACAUCGGCCAGCUGUAAUAGCUGCUGUUGAGGAAAGAUCUAAAGGACUUCGGGCAUGGAGGGAUUCUCAGGGACUAGCAUCUAAGCUAUAUAAUUUUAAGCAUGAUCCUAAAUCAAUGAUGAUAGAAACAAAGAAAGCAGAGCGAUUGACUGGGACACAGACAAAUGGUGAUUUAUGUCGUUCCGAGUCAGGAUCCUCCAAUGCAGAUGAAAUUCUUGUUACUCUGAAUGGAGAUAUGGAGAUAGAUUCUCUUCCAGAUCUUCAAGAACAGGUGGUAUGGUUGAAGGUUGAAUUGUGCAAGCUGUUGGAGGAGAAAAGAUCUGCUUUACUCAGAGCUGAGGAGCUGGAGACAGCAUUGAUGGAGAUGGUCAAGCAGGAUAAUCGCCGGCAAUUGAGUGCCAGGGUUGAGCAGUUAGAGCAAGAGGUUGCUGAGCUUUGUCAAGCUCUUUCUGAAAAGCAGGAACAAGAAAAUGCUAUGCUUCAGGUCUUAAUGCGGGUAGAGCAAGAGCAAAGGGUAACUGAAGAUGCUCGUCGAUUUGCCGAGCAAGAUGCAGAAGCACAGAGAUAUGCUGCUCAAGUUCUUCAGGAGAAGUACGAAGAGGCCUCAGCUGCACUAGCUGAGAUGGAGAAGAGAGUGGUUAUGGCUGAAUCCAUGUUGGAGGCUACUUUGCAAUACCAAUCUGGACAGCUUAAAGCACAACCUUCUCCAAGAUCUAAUCCAGAUUCACCUGUAAAACACAAUCAAGAAUCCUCACAAGAAUUGCCUGCAAGAAAGGUUGGUUUGCUAGCUCGACCAUUUGGACUUGGCUGGAGAGACCGCAACAAGGGGAAACCCACUAAUGUUGAGGAGACAAACGGUGGAAAAUCCAUCACUCAGGAGCAGGGUCCCACUCCCAGUACAGAGCAAAAGGACACAAAUGGGCAUGAAAUUGAAAAUAAGGAGUAGAGAGAGCAGGUUAUAGUGAUAUCAGAUUGAUGUUUGGCCACAGUCCCUGUUAUUUAAGAUCCACUUGGUAGAUAUGCUUCUUUGCCUAUGUCGAUUCCAGGAAUUAGAGACAAUUUCUUGCCUGUAAUUUUUUUUUUCUAUUAGAAAACCAAUUUAUAUCCAUUCAUUGUUUGUUUGUUUGUUUGUUUGUUCAUUAAAUAAUAGUAACAAUAGUGUGUAGGGAAGAAGAUACUGUAGGAAAUGUGAGAGAGAAUAUUUUCUUUUUUACCCAAGUGUAUAAUAUUUAGCAACAGUGUCUUGUAUCAGUAAAACUCUUCUAUAAACAUAUAGUUCUUGAACAACCUCUAAAAUGAGGCCUUUAUAGUUA